AUGCAGCGCAUUUCCCAGCUCGCCUCCCACUUGACCAAGACUCAUCCCAAAACUUUCUUACGGAACUUUACAUCCAAGAUGGCGUCGAACAACAGCAACAUCCACCUUUACACUGUUGGUACACCCAACGGAAUCAAGGUGUCCAUCCUUCUCGAAGAACUUGGGUUGCCUUACAAGGUGACGCCCAUUUCUUUUAGUAAGAAUGAGCAGAAGGAGCCUUGGUUCUUGGAAAUCAACCCCAAUGGGCGGAUUCCUGCCCUGACGGACACCCUCCCGGAUGGCACGCCGAUUAACCUUUUUGAGAGCGGGAGUAUCAUGCAGUAUUUGGUGGAUAGGUAUGAUACCGAGCACAAGGUUUCGUACCCGAGGGGGAGUAAGGAGGGGUAUGAGGUGAAUAAUUGGCUGCAUUGGCAGAUGGGGGGGCUGGGGCCUAUGCAAGGCCAGGCAAACCACUUCUUCCGGUAUGCACCCGAGAAGAUCCAGUACGGGAUUGAUCGGUAUCAGAAUGAGACGAGACGGCUGUAUUCGGUGAUGGAGAGGCAGCUUGAGAAGGGGGAUUAUUUGGUGGGGGAUCGGGCUACGAUUGCGGAUUUUGCUUGUUGGGGGUGGGUGGCUGCUCAUCACUGGGCUGGGGUGAGUCUGGAUGAGUUUCCCAAGCUGGAGGCGUGGCUGCAUAGGUUGUUGGAGAGGCCCGGGGUGGAGAAGGGGAGGCAUGUGCCGAGUCCGCAUACGGCUUUUGAUAUGAAGAAUAAGAGUGAGGAGGAGCUGGAGAAGGAGGCGGAGAAGAGCAAGGCUUGGGUGCAGGCGGGGAUGAAGGCUGAUGCUAAGAAGUGA